ACGCCGCAAUUACUUACUGAUAUUAAGCCUAGACCCUCGACAAAUAAAUUCCCGAUCCAGGACGAAGGUCGAUCUUUCUAACCCGAGUCAGGUCUAUCAUGGAAGAAUACGAUUUUAUCAUCGUCGGGGCAGGGCUUUCAGGAGUCGAUGCUGCAUAUCGCCUCAAAUCCCAACUUCCACAGUGCUCAUACAUCAUCUUGGAAGCUCGGGAAGAGAUUGGCGGUACCUGGUCGUUCUUCAAGUUUCCUGGUGUUCGAUCAGAUUCCGAACUUGCUCUGCUGGGCCUCCCCUGGCGGCCAUGGACACACGAGAAUGAUAUGGCAGACGCUGAUCUCAUCCGCGAGUAUAUCGAAGAUGCGGCACGAGCUGAGGGUAUCGACAAGAAAAUACAUUUUGGUCAUCGAGUCACCGGCGCUAGUUGGUCUUCCGACGAACAGCGCUGGACUUUAUCAGUUCUCGCGGCCGAUGUUAAAAAGGAGUUAAAUGCCAAAUUUCUACUUGCUUGUACUGGAUACUACGAUUACGCCAAGCCACUUCAAGCCGAUAUACCGGGUAUGAGUAAUUUUCAAGGUACGAUUGCGCACCCGCAGUUCUGGCCUACAGACCUUGACUACGCCGGCAAAAAGGUCAUCAUAAUCGGCUCUGGCGCAACCGCCGUCACUAUGGUCCCAGUAAUGGCCAAGACAGCGAGCCAAGUGACGAUGCUUCAACGGAGUCCUUCCUAUGUCAUGAGCCUUCCUCUGUCAAGCCCGGUUAAUGUAUGGCUGAAGAAGCAUCUUCCGGGGCGUAUUGCUCAUUUAAUCAACUGGUGGAUCUCUCUUAUUAUGGAGAAUCUCUUCGUGUCCUUUAGCAUAAACUUCCCGAAUCAGAUGAGGAAUAUCAUAACGAAAGAGAUGAGGGCAUUGUUGCCGGCUAAGAUCGACGUCGACGUCCAUUUCAACCCUAAGUACGACCCCUGGGACCAACGGGUGUGUAUGUGUCCUGAUGGCGACUUCUUUAAAGCGUUACAUCAGGAUAAUUGCGACAUAGUCACCGACCGUAUCCGAAGUGUUACAGAGGAUGGCAUAUUGACAGAGUCUGGGAGGAAGUUAGAAGCAGAUAUUAUCGUGCCGGCGACUGGCCUACGCCUCCAUCUGUUCGGAGGCAUAAUUCCCGUCGUCGACGGAGAUCCGGUCAACAUAGGGACUAGCUAUUGUUGGAGAGGAACCAUGCUUUCCGGCCUUCCGAAUGCCGGAACUGUGACCGGAUACACGACGACUUCAUGGACGGUCGGAGCGGACGCCAGCAUUAAAUUGCUCAUCGACGUUUGGAAGCGCAUGGCAAAGAUAGGGGCAACCUCAGUCGUUCCAGUUCAUUCUCAUGACGACAUUCACUCGUCUAAGCCGGUGGUAGCACAUAGCUCGACUUAUUUCGUCAUGGCACAGAGUAGGUUUCCUAGAAUCACGGGCGAAUCACCGUGGUAUGGCCGCAAGAAUGUGUUUUUCGACUACUUCCAGCUCUGGUUUGGAAGCUUGACAAAGGGCUUGAAAUAUACCUUGGCUUCAAAAAAGAAUGAAUAAUAGUCAAAGCUUAGCUCAUAUAUCGGUCGAAGUCGAAGUAAUCUACAUGCACCAGUUUAGUACCUACAUGUAGAAUUGAUGAAUGUUACUUUCAAUAGGUACUGACCUAGGGCCCUCCUAUGUACCUUCUUUAUACAUACGCGAACACGUGUAUAAGUCCCUCUUUGUGGGGUAUUUGAUGGUGCCUAGGUAGGUAGCAUCCAAAGUAAAGAGAAUUGGCCAAUUAUUAGCAAGAUCCAAGUGUUGAGAUGUACGUAUUUAUUCAAUGUAUCCAUGGAUACGCACAUACCUACCUAGCUGCUUAGGUACCUCUAGAAUUGAAGCGGGUAUGAUAUUGGUUCUAUAUUCGAUUAUGUGGUCGGAGAGGAAGACGCUCGGGUUAAAUUUCUGCCAAAGCAAUCAACUUAAAUAAUUGGGGUAAUAUUCCCCGCAGAUUUUUCGAAGCGGGAACCUUAUUGGAGAUUAGGUAGGUACUAGGUACCUAUCUUAUCGAAUCUCGUAUGUCAUUGAGCUCCGUCCCUACCUGCAUAGCACUA